UGGCUGGUUUGUUAUGAUUUAGCUCGGUAUUUUUCAGCUUUUGCCCGGGUGCGGUUUCAGUGCAGUGAUGCAGGGAUGCUAGGUGGCUAACGCUAAGUGAAGGAUAAAGUGUGCAUUGGGAUGUAAAGUGUCCCUUAAAGCAAGGACAGGACAUUUAGUCCUGGCAUUUGGUCCCAGCUUGCAUUUGCAACCUUCCUGCCUGUAACUUUAUUACUGUUUAUUCUUUAACCUUAGAGACAGUGUGUGUGUGUGUGUUUUGAUGAGGAUGUGAUCAGACUCAGAGUGAUGGCCUCUUCAUCAUGCUCUAGCGAGCUAAACAUCUCAGCAACUUAGUGCAGUUUUGGGACCAAACUCCUCCAGUGAUGAGCUGAACAUGGACAUAUGUCCUGGCUGAGACAGAGCUGACACUCAGUCUGGGCUGCUUUACUCACUCACUCACUCACUCACACACACAUAAACACACACUGCUCUGUCACUAAAGGUACAUAAUUUUUUCUUUUUGCAUACUAAAUUUCUUCUUUGUACAAAUAAGACUUGUAGGACACGAUGAAGUGAAUAAAGGUGCUCUGAAAAUCUGUUUUAAAAACUGACAUCCGUUCCGUGACGCUUCUUUUUUCGUUGUACACGCCUCCUGACAUACGUGAUUGGAAUACUAAACAUGAUCAGGAAUCGUCCGACUGUCGAGCCUACUUAAACCGCUUUAAAGUCUUCACAAAAGUCUUGGACAAACCGAUCUGACAGAAUGUACCUUUAAGUCGAUGUCAUAAACGGUACAAUAAUCGAUCAGCUGAGCUAUUAUGGCAGCUCACAGACACGACUGACAAAAUAGUUUUCUGUGAUUAUUUUUUUUCUAAGCUGCCUGAGCGUUAUAAAGUCAGCCGCCAUGUCGAGCAAAGUCUCGAGCAAAGAGAAAAAGUCCAGCCUCGGUAAGAAGCUGUUCCGGCGCGGCUCGGUGAGAUCCGUGGGCAGUUUUAUGAGCCGGGUGCUCAAGACCCUGUCCACUCUGUCGCAUUUCGGAUCUGAGCUUCAGCCGCCCGAAGGAGAAAAGGAUGACGGAGGAUUCGCUGCGUUUAAAAACGAAGGCAAGGGAUCGGUGGCUUCGGACGACAGCGACUGCGGCGGCUUCCUCAGUAGGGACAAAGUGCCCGGAGUGGCCGGUCUGAAGAACCACGGCAACACAUGCUUCAUGAACGCCGUCCUGCAGUGUCUAAGCAACACGGAGCUCUUCGCGGAGUAUUUAGCACUUGAACAGUUUCGUGGGCAAGAAGAGGAGGAAGAUAAACCCAAAGCCAACGGAGUUCCACCCAGGAAGGAGAAAGGAGAAGUGACCGAGCAGCUGGCGGGACUCGUCCGAGCUCUGUGGACGUUCGAGUACACUCCUCAGCAGAGCCGAGAGUUCAAGAACGCUGUGUCGAAGCGCGCCAUGCAGUACAGAGGAAACGCUCAGCACGAUGCUCAGGAGUUUCUUCUCUGGCUGCUGGACCGUGUGCAUGAAGACCUGAACAACAUGGGCCUCAACAGACCUUCUGUAAAGCCGCCCUUAGAGGAAGACGACGGAGCGCUUGAGGGACCUUCGCCCCCGCUCUCAGCCGGCUCUUUUGUCCAAGAGCUGUUUCAGGCACAAUACAGAUCCUCACUCACAUGUCCACACUGCCAGAAGCAGAGCAACACUUUUGAUCCUUUCCUUUGCAUCUCUCUUCCCAUCCCGUUACCUCACACUCGACCCCUGUACGUGACGGUGGUGUAUCAGGGCAAGUACUCUCACUGCAUGAGGAUCGGCGUGGCCGUGCCGCUCAACAGCACCGUCUCCAGGCUCAGAGAAGCGGUUUCACGUGAGACGAAGAUUCCUCCAGACCAGUUCGUCCUGACCGAAAUGUACUACGAUGGUUUCCACCGCUCCUUCUGCGACGACGACGACGAUCUCGACAUCAUUCAAGAAAGCGAUUCAAUCUUUGCGUUCGAAACCCCGGAGACGUUCAAAUUAGAAAGCCUCCGCUCCAAAAGAGGGAGUCUCCUCGCGAACCUUAACCAGAACAAUCUGAAAUUCGGCACCGACAGCAGUCGCACCCCGUCGUUCAUGCAAGGGGCGGUGAACCCGGCAUCGCCCAACAAAAACGCAGGCGGUGACAAGAUGAUCCUGCUGAUCUGCAACAGAGCGUGCAUCGGACACCAAGGGCGGAGGUUUGGCCUUCCGUUUGUGCUAUACAUGGAGCGCACUGUAACCUGGGACGUUCUUCAGAAGGCCAUUCUCGAGAAGAUGCAUCAUCUGCUAAGACAAGGCGUGUACAUCCAGGUGGGGCCCUUCAGUCUGCGCGUGGUCGGUGUGGUGGGGAUCACAUACUUGUUACCACAGGAGGAAUUUCCCUUGUGUCACCCCACUGUAGAGAGGGCGUAUAAGUCGUGUGGCGCAGGGGGCCCUCCUCACGUCAAGAUCGUAGUGGAGUGGGACAAGGAGACCAAGGAUUAUUUGUUUGGCCACACGGAGGAGGAGUACAUCCCCGAUGCUGAGAGCGUGUACCUGCACCGCGAGCAGCACCAUCAGCCCCAGGCGUGUACCCUCGCUCAGUGCUUCCAGCUCUACACCAAAGAGGAGCAGCUGGCACCAGACGACGCAUGGCGCUGUCCGCACUGUAAGCAGCUGCAGCAGGGUCGUAUCAAGCUCAGCCUCUGGACCCUCCCUGAUGUCCUCAUCCUGCAUCUCAAGAGGUUCAGACAGGAGGGAGAUAGGCGGGUGAAAAUGCAGAACAUGGUGCACUUCCCGCUGAUCGGCAUGGACAUGGCCCCCCACAUGGUGAAGAGGAGCCAGAGCAGCUGGAGCCUCCCCUCGCACUGGUCGCCAUGGAGACGGCCUUACGGCCUGGGCCGUAACUCGGAAGACUACCUGUACGACUUGUACGCCGUAUGCAAUCACCAUGGAAACAUGCACGGGGGGCACUACACAGCAUAUUGUAAGAACUCCAUAGAUGGCCUGUGGUACUGUUUUGACGACAGCGACGUCCAGGCCAUGGCUGACGAGGAAGUGUGCCAGCAAACCGCCUACAUUCUGUUUUACCAAAGGAGGGCGACGAUUCCUUCGUGGUCGGCUAACAGUUCUGUGGCUGGCUCUACCAGUUCCUCUCUGUGUGAGCACUGGAUUAACCGGCUUCCUGGGAGCAAGCCUCCCAGCCUGGCCUCGGGUGCCUCCUCGCGACGGACAUCGCUAGCUUCUCUGGCUGAGUCCAUGGAGUUCCCCGGAGAUCGCAGCGAAGACGACGGAGGAUUCUCCACCCGACCCUUUGUAAGAAGCAUUCAGCGUCAGAGCUUGUCUUCCAGAUCCUCCAUAACUAGCCCUCUGGCUUUCAGCGAGAACGGGAUGAAGCCGUCCUGGUCGUUGUCUGCCAAGCUGCAGAUAAGGUCCAACUCGCCCUCGCGCUUCUCUUUAGACUCGCGCUCGUCACCACCACUGGAGAGGAUCGGAGAGGCCUGCGACGACAAGGUGUCCACGUCGUGCUUCGGGAGCUACAGCAGGCACGAACGCCAAACCGGCAACAAAGCCCCUCUCGCCAUGAUGGAAGGAAACAGCAGCGAUGAUGGCAGCGGUAAAAGAAACACGGAUGAGGUCUACUCCAGGGCUCCCUCAGUGGCUGACAAGAAAAGCUCCAAAGGAGAUCCAUUGGACAACAACAACCAGAUCACUGCCGUGGACCAAAACGUGCACGGGACUCCUUCCAAGGAACCGAAGCACAAGAGCUCAGGAGGCACGGUGUCAAAGGCAGAGGUGUCUGCUGCCAAAAAGACCUCAACCAAGACGAAGGGGGAUCAAGAGAAGGCAUCCAAGAAGCGCCAGAGCACUGCUUCUGCCCAAAAGUCUCCUUCUUCUCAAGUGUCUUCCGGCUCUCAAGGGAAAGGUGCCAAAGUAACCAAUUUGAAAGAGAAAAGUGACUCUGCCAAGACCAGAAGUGUCUCAUCUGGAACCCCGACAAAGAAGAAGGAGACUUCCCUGUCCCAAGAGGCGGCACCAACAUCCGGAGCCGCAAAAACAAAGCAGCGUCUGACCCCCACCCCCCAGUCCUCCGCUUCCCCAUCUCCGACUGCAAAGAAGAGCUCUUCAGCUGUGGACAGGAGCUCCAGCUUAUCAUCCAGCAAAAAGAAACUAGCCGAGAGGACCUCUAGCCGAGAUUUGAGUCACGCCAGUCCUCUGACAGACAAACCCCGGGUGCCGCUAAAGGGUGCGGAAGGAGGCCGGCCUGAGCGGAAGCCAGUUAGGAGCUCGAGCAGCAGCUCAUCUUUGACCAGCCUGCGCUCACCCAGCAUCUCCUCUAAAGAUCUGCGGCGAGCCAGCAAGUCCGAGGACAAGGGACUCUCCUUUUUCAAGAGCGCUCUGAGGCAAAAAGAGACGCGCCGCUCAGCCGACCUGGGCAAGAGCGCCAUACUUUCUAAGAAGGUGGCCGAGAGGACAGCCAAGCCUAGCAGCCAAACCAAGCUCGGUGCGGAGGACGUCGAAGGUGACGGGAAUUCUUCUCCCGCCUCGCUCUCUAGCAUGGCUCCGAGCGAAGACAAAGAGACGCCCAAAACAUCCACCCCUCUCAAACGUUCACUGUUAACCGUAGGCAAGUCCAAGUCUUCCAGUUCUGACGCCAUUGUCCAGUCCCCCGUCAACGGGAAGAGGCCUCUUGAAAAGACAGCCUCAUCCCGAAAGCUCUCCUGCAGCAUGCAAUCCGGGCAACAGAGACGCUAAUAUGCUAAUAUUUAAAAGAAGUAGUUUUGUUAUUUUCCUGCAAUGCAGCUAUUUUUUGAUGUGCCUAAGAGAUGUGUAUACACUCUCACACGUAAUGUGUGUGUUUGUGUGAGUUAACGAACGAACGAACGAAUGAAUGAAUUGUGAGUUAAAAUACUCAUAUACUUUUUACUUUUCUCAAAGAAAAAGUGUAAAUUAUCAAAAGCGCCUUUCUACCCUGCCAUGGAGCCGAUUCGAUGGCAAGGUGCGGUGUACGAAUUUACUACUGUAUAAACUCUGAAUAGGAUUGUUCUGACUUAGCACUUUGUACAUAUUUCUUUUCUGUUUCAAACCAGAUAUACUCGAGAGACUAUGUGUAAUACCUUUUUUUCCCCUUUUUUUAAUUUUUAUUUUUUUACGGUUUUCUUUAGAGAAAGCCCAGUCGGUUCUUCGUACUCCUCGCCGGUCACGCAACAAAAUCGCUUCACUUCUACUCUCGGUGCUAUUUUAAGGGCAACGUUUCUGUGGUGCAGGUCGGAAAUCGUAGUCGAAGCUCGACGUGCUAACCUGGCUCUCAUGUGCACGUACGGUAGAACUCGUCAUAAACAAUAGGCACCUAUCACAAACACUGACUGUAAGUAGCCCAUAAUAAUAAUAAUAAUAUAGGGAAUAAUCGAUUAGUGUUCCAGUAGCGGCCGCUGCCCUUAGAAGUCAGUGUACGUACAGUACGCAGCAUUGACAGUCAUAGACCAAUAGCCAAUUCGUAGGAAUGAGCGAUCUUUUUAACAGUAAUUAGACAAUCUUGUUUUUUGUUUGUUUGUUUUUUCCCCCACUGUUUGUUUGUUUACCCUUGAGAUGCUGCGUGUGCUUGGUUGUCCAUCUCUUGUAGUAAAGAGGUCAAGGCAAUGUAGCGCUGCAUGUUUGUUUUAUUAAGAGAACCAGUCAUAUUUGAGCCAUUUCCCAAUUUUUUUUAUUUUUUAUUAAUUAAUCUUUUUUUUUUUUUUUUUGCCAUGUUUGCCAAACCAAAUGCCAGCACCAUUCAUUAGUCUUAGCUUCGCUAGCUUUAAACCAGGGCCAAACCGUCUUUGUGUCCAUUACUGCGUGGAUUACCAGUGCAAUAGUUUGCAGAACUUUCUAGAUGGAAAUAAGUAAUAAUAAUACAAAAUAUAUAUAAAUAUAUCUAUAUAUUUACUCCUGUAUUUAAGAACUAUAACUUUGAACAUAAUGUGUUUUCUCAACAAUGAUUUUAACGAUCAAUAUUUUAUGUAUGCAAUAGAGAAGAAGUGAGUUUGUUUAAUAAGAGGGAUAUUAAAAUACUGGAAUGCUGUGCCAUGUCAGUUCAUGGAAUGCUUGUGCUUUAGAGUAUAAGAGCGAUUAAAUAGAGUAUGUUUGUUUUUAUUUUUUUUUUGUUUUUGUUUUUUUCUUUGAUUAGUUUGAGAUCACUUAAACAAAUGCAGGAACCGGUCUGAGUUAACAGUGCCUGCGUUUGGUCUCUCAAACGAACCAGUCCUCGCAAUAGUUUCAUCAAGAGUCAUCAUCACUAUUUUCACCCAGCACAGAUUUUUCUAAUUAUUAUUACUAUUAUAUAUGUAUAUAUAAAGUAGGUGCAACACUUUUUCCCUUUACAUCAGUACUAAAGACAGACUUUAACCACCAGGACCAAAAUCAUUCGACACAACUUGCUAGGGUAAUGAUCAUUUCUAAACACUAACUGUACUGCUUUUAUUGGUGCUUUACUUAUUAACAAGUGACAUUUUAAAGAACUGUAGAUGGAAAGGAAAAAAAAAAGGAAAUUCGCAUUAAUAUUAAGCUUAUUUAUACCACAGUGGAAUGAUACAAAUACGGUAUAUUGGUUUGCAUUAGGUGUAGCUUGAUGUUUCUAAAUGCAGUGUUUUUUGUUUUGUUUUUUAAAUAGGGUUUUAUAUCCAUUAUUUCAGUCACUGUGGGAAAAAAAUCUCUAUAAAUAUAUAUUAAACCUGCAUCAAUACAUAACUAAAGCCAGUUUGCGUCUGACGCAAAUCCGGCAUACCUCAUAUGGUACUAUGGGUUCGUCUCUUUCGCUAAUUAUUUACCAAUAAUAAAAGCUUAGGUGCAGCUUUAUUUUAUAGUUCCAUUAUUUUAUUAUUAUUUUUUUUUUAAAGAGCACCCAUUUUGUCUAAUCUGUGCACUGACGAUACCUUUUGAAGAAUUACAGCAAGCAGUAUUGCAUGAUGAUGAUGAUGAUGAUGAUGAUACUGAUGCAUGCACAUAACUAUGCAAGUGAAUGUUGCUUAAAAAAGAAAAAAAAACAAUACUGGUUACCGAUGUGUCUGUGUUUCUAAAUGUCAGUAGUGGAAAGCAUGAAUUGCUUUUUAUUUUGCACACUUUUGUUGUUUCCUGAAAGGUGAUGACAAAUUAGGAAAUUAGGAUUCAGCCCACGUUCUUUCAGAUAUCGGAAAUUCAUGAUGAUGAACAGAUAAAUCUCUGUUAUUUCUCUCUAGAUAUUUUUGACUCAUUUUCGAGUUAUUUUUUUUCCUUCCCUUUAAGUAUUUUUUCUACACGUGUAUAAACUAGCUCAUAUUUUGUUGUAUGUUGAAUGUUGUACCACUAAAAUACAAAUUCGUUACACACACUCGUUACUCGUGACGCUCUCGUCAUCUCCAUGUUGUACCACAAGUCCUGCGGCCGCGCGUUAUAAAAGCCACUUGCCACGAAGCGCUUCAGCUGUCCGAGCUUCAGCAAAUGGAUCGGACACUUUAAAUUGUAUUAGAAACAUCCCAGGUGCGAAUAGCGUGCUUGUAAUCUUUUUCUUAGACUCAUUUCUAAUCAGAUAUUGUUUAUGAUUAUGAUUAGGGCUGGAUGAUGUGAGAGAAACAUCAGUUUCAUGAUGGUCGAAGUCAUUUCUAUGAGAAACAGACAAGAACAAAACAAUUCUAAACUCUAAUUGAUUUUAAGAAUUACUUUUAGUCCGUUUACUUAGUAAUGAAAACGAGAUCUGUAAAGGUGUUACAAUACUGAUGGAAAACGGUAUCGUGAUAUUAAACAUUACGAUAUCGGUAUAUUUAUCAGCCAGCCCUAUUUAUAAUUAUUAACUUUUAUGAAUAUUAUUGUAUGAAGUUCUCACUCCUGGUGUAGACACUGGACUUGAGUUGUUAACCGAAAAGGCUUCGAACAGCGUCUUCAUGUAAUCUACACUACUUUUUUGGGUGGGGUUUGUUUUUGGCUGUAAGUACCUCAUUUUUUAUUUUAAGUUUUUAUGUCUUCUUAAACGUUGACCAAAAGAGAUCAAUUAUAAUAUUUGGUAAGAAAAAAAAAACAAAAACAUGUUACUGUUUAGUUGCAUGAGAAUGGCUCAGUGGCUUCGUUAAUUUAUUUGUACAUUGUGUUAAACCUGUAUGCACUUUUGUCGAAGAUUUAAAAAAAAAAUUUUGUUGGUUUGUUUUUUAAAAAAGGACAUUUGUUUCAGGAAAUCAUUUGUAUUCAUGACAUUGGUUUGCCAAUGUAAGAGAAACAUAAUUAAAAGACAGGCCCAUGUUAAGAGGUCUGAGAUCAAACAGG